AAAACAGUUACGUGGUGGUGGCGGUCGGGAGGUUUGGUGCUGUCACAUGAGUGUUCUGGGGAAGUAGUUGUGCUUUAUUGCUUGUCAUGCACAUACUGAUGGUGGCAUAUUAUAACUCUGAAGAUUUACAUAAAAACAAGAUUGAUUUUACAGGUUUGGUUAGUGAUUACAAGAUUGCUGCUCUCAAAACUAUGGAGGAAGCAACAUGUGAGAGAAUCAUGAAGAAAAUGGAUAUGGUCAUAAGCCAAGACUCAUUAUUAUCCUGCUCUGUUGCUUCGUUGGACUCAGUUCUGUUUGCUUAUUGCUCCAGAAGUUGCAACAUUCUGGAAUAUACGGAAAGCACUUUUACGCCAGGGCCAACUGGCAGCAGAUAGUGAUCUGCUUCUUACAAAGCUGAUACUUUCUAGAAAACCUAAAUGCAUGGAAGUUUUCCAGCAUCGUAAAUGGAUGUUUAGUAAUAUUCUAUCAAGAGUUAUGCCUCUGCAAGCAAAUGGAGCCCAUGACUUAGAUGAGGAUAAUAACCAUAAUGAUUCCUCUUGACGCGUCUAAAAGAGCUGCUUUGCUCCUCUCCCCAAAGAACCUGUUCCCCUCCACCUCCAGCCCUGAAAAGAUCAUGUGUAGAGACAGUCAACAGUGAGUGGAGUGCUGUUCUUUUGCGUGAGAGAGAC